CACGCGAGAACGACCUCGUCAAGAAGGCGUGAAAUCUAUUCAGUCCAACUCCCCACCCUUCAAGAUACCAUCUGCACCCACGAUCGAUCGGAUGGGCGGCACCUGGAUAUCCGCCUCCGUAUAUAUGCGAGGUGGUGGAGAUUCUGACCAUUCUACAGCCUCGCGAUGUCGGACCAACCUUCCCCUCUACGUGCUCUAGUCGAUACGCUCUCGCAGGCGGUCACCGUCAUCGAUGAGGCUUUCGCAGCGGCGAAGCAGCCUUACCCUUCGCUCGCCGUCCCCUUCGACCCCGCGUCGCCUGCUGAGGCACUCUUCCAACGGCUCGAGGUUGCGCAGGCUGCGAAGACCAUCCAGCUCGCCAGUAGCGCGCUGAGCGCGUCGGUCGGCACACCAGCAAUCAAGAUCAUCAACACAGCGUUUGUGCACACAUCAUCUGCAGCUUUACGUGUUGCUGUAGAUGGAGCUGUGGCAGAGAUCCUUCGCUCAGAUGAGAAGGGCCUUCACGUGAACGACAUCGCGGCGCAGAAUGGGUUGGACCCGGGCAAGCUAGGUCGCAUCCUCCGCAGGCUCGCGUCCGUCCACAUCUUUAGGGAGGUAUCGCCGAAUGUGUUCGCCAAUAACCGCCUGUCGUCCACGCUUGAUACUACUAAGUCCGUCAAGAAUAUUCUGUCCAGCCCUACGACGCAUUUCGAAGCGCCGGGAAACACUGGAGUUGCUGCGUUGGCUCGCCACCUAUCCGACGUGACUCUGAAGGGAUCUGGAUACAUUCACGAGACCCUUACAGACGAAGAAUACGGCAAAUCAGAGGCGCCAGAGAAGGCCCCUGUCCCGUAUGCCUUCAAGACACCCUUUGCUACGUAUGAAUGGUACGAGCAGCCAGGCAACGAAGGUCGCCUUGCUUGUUUCUCUGCCGCUAUGACUGGAAGCGCUGCCUCGCAAAGGCCCGACGCGAUUGUCAAAGGAUUUGACUUCUCCAAGCUCGCACCCGGUUCGAAGGUCGUAGACGUUGGGGGCGGAAUGGGCCACAUCGUCAUGUCCGUGGCCAAAAAGUAUCCUGAGCUAGUAGCCGUGGUUGAGGAUCGCCCCGCUGUCGUAGAACAGGCCAAGGACUUCUGGAGCAAGCAGCUUCCUAACGCUCGUGUGGAGUUCGUCGAACAAGAUUUCUUCAAGCCACAGGCUAUCAAGGGAGCCGGGGCAUACAUCCUCUGCCAUAUCUUGCACAACUGGGGUCAGACCCAGGCCGUCAAGAUUCUCCGGAACCUCAGAGACGCAGCAGGGUCUGAGACGAGGCUUAUAGUCGGAGAGCAGAUUGCUCCUUACGCCUGCUCUGAGCAGCCGCCUGCGGCUAGUGAUAUCAAGGGCAGCGAUACGCUACUGCCUCCCAUCGACCCGCUGCUAGCACCUGCGAGAGCUGAACUACCUUCGGCCGGCGACAUGGUCGUAAGUUCUUCUUGCUGUCCAUCGUUCUUUAUAUCGUUCGGCCUGCUGCGUCCGCUUGUCAGAUUUGUUGACGCGAGCUACUCACAGAUGUAUCUUGAUCUGAACGGCGAGGAGCGAACCCUCGGCGGUUUUGCCGACCUGCUUCUUGCAGGUGGAUGGAAGGUUGUAGAGGUGCGCCAUCUCGGGGGAAACCUCGACGCGCACAUUGUAGCCGAACCCGUGUGAGCAACCGGAGGCCGUCUGCGACCAAACAGUACGGUAGGCCUUAUCCGCCUACCCGAGCU